CGCCAUUCUUCUCCUUUGAAUUUCUCUCGCCAUGUUUACGCUCCAAAUUCUUGGAUUGGGUGAACUGAGGAGCUCCAUUUUCUCACUCCUCGCCGUUUCCAACUCCGCCACUCUCCGAUGCUUCCCAUCAUCGGUGUCGCUUGCUGUCUCCUACUCCGAUGAAUCUCAUUCCUUCCUUGUAUCCUUCCAAAUGUUCGAUCCAUUCUUCACCAUUUUCUCCCGCGGCGACGGCGAUUACAAUUUCGACAUCGAUCUUCAAGAACUUUCUCGUCUUAUCUUGGCCGAAGAAGAUCUUUUCUUGACUAUUCUUGUUCCCAGUGCCUUCUCAUCUGCCAGCCUAAUUUCUUCAACUAGAGAUGGGAAAUUUCGAUCUCUGGCUUCCUUGUGGACGAUGCUUCCCCAAAACCGGGGAGUGAGCAAAUUUGAUCUCAAAUUGUUCGUGGCAAUUGAUGCAGUAAAGUUCAGAGAGAUAGUAGCACGAUUAUCUGAUUACAAUGGUCCAAUUUUUGCUACUGCAUCGACUUCACAAGUGAAGUUCUAUGGAAGAACAGCUGAAGGGGAGAUUAUUGGGGCUACUCUUCUUACUGCUGAGAGAAGAGAGUGCUUGGCAGGAGGUUUCAAUGACAAAGAUUAUGAAAUCAAGUUUUCAUUUGCUUUGAAACCCAAGGAUUUUUUUGGUCGUUCAAUGGAGUUGACCAAAUUGGUUUGGUUCUUUGAAUCAACACGUUGGAACACUACAGUGAUUUGCUUUGCAAGAGAAUGGACCAACAUUGUUGCCUCUUACCCUAGAGAUAUAUGCAUUACUUCAUUCUUAAAUUCAUUCUCUCUCCAUAAAAUUCUACGAUACAAAAGAGUGCCAAAUUUAGAUAGAUAUGUCUAUAUAUAACAGACCAUUUUAGAGAAUACAAUACCACUAGAAAGGAUAUGUGUACAGUUCAAA